AUGCCAAUGAAACGGGGUCAUGUGUCAGCUCCUCAAAACACAUUUAUUGAUACAAUUAUACGUAAAUUCGACUCGCAAAAUCGUCGUUUUCUUAUAUCUAAUGCUCAAUUGGUAAAUAAACCAAUAAUUUAUUGUAAUGAUGCAUUUUGCGAUUUAAUUGGACAUUCACGUGCAGAUAUAAUUCAAAAACCUUGUACAUGUGAAUUUUUACAUGGAGCUGAAACAAGUGAAAAAGCUGCAAAACAAAUUCGACAUGCUUUACAAGGAAGUGAUGAAAAAGAAGUUGAUAUUAUUUUAUAUAAGAGUAAUGACAUGAAAUUUCGGUGUUCAGUACUUAUUGCUCCGGUGAAAAAUGAAUCAUGCGAUAUUAUUUUAUAUAUUCUUGAAUUCACAGAAAGUAAUGAUCAUAAUCGACAACGACGAAUUCCAAAAAUUCGUGAAUAUUCUAUUACUCAUGCUGGCAUACGCAAACGCUCAUGGUUGCAUAUGUUAAAUCCAUUAGUACGACAUAAAUCAAAACGAUCCAAUGAUACAACAACUGGAGGCACAAGUGAAUUUGAAAGCCCUAUGUCAACAGAUAUAGCUGGUUAUAUCGGAUUAAAUCAUAAGAAUAUAGUAACUAUUCCUUUGGAUGAAGCAAUUUCAUUAUCAACAAUAAAAAAUGCACCUUUAGAAUAUAAAACAAGUCGUCAAUCAUCAACAAGUUCAAACAAUUUAUUAAAACCUGAUAAUAAUUUAUGGAAUACAAGUAUUGGUAAUGUUGAAUUAAUGAAAAGUAAAUCUCAAAGUUUAAGUAAUAUAGCUGAAACUGUUCUAAAAAAAGAAACAAAAGAAUCAAAAAAUACUAAACGUUCAUUUAUACCAAAUCGUAUAGCACAAAUUUUAUCAUUAGGCGAAGAUAUUGUACCUGAUUUUCGUUCACCAGAUAGUCGUCGUAUACCACGUACAAUUAUUUUACAUUAUUCACCAUUUAAAGCUGGUUGGGAUUGGUUAAUAUUAUUACUUGUUAUAUAUACAGCUAUAGUAACACCAUAUACAGCAGCUUUUUUAAUGCAUGAAGAUGGACCAAAUAAACAACGUUCACGUUCAUCACGUGCAUUAAAUGUUAUUGAACUUAUUGUUGAUGUUAUGUUUAUUAUUGAUUUAUUAGUUAAUUUACGUACAACAUAUGUUAAACAUAAUGAAGAAUUAGUAACACGUGCAAGUAAAAUAGCAAAACAUUAUUUAAAAGGAUGGUUUUUAAUUGAUGUAACAGCAGCUAUACCAUUUGAUAUUUUAUUUUCAUUAUUACAAACAAAUGGUGGAGGUGAAUCAACAACAUUAAUGGGUUUAUUAAAAACAGCACGUUUAUUAAGAUUAGUACGUAUAGCAAGAAAAUUAGAUCGAUAUUCUGAAUAUGGUGUUGGAGUUUUAAUUUUAUUAACGGCUACAUUUGCAUUAAUUGCACAUUGGCUUGCUUGUAUAUGGUAUGCUAUUGGUCGUCUUGAACGAAGUAAUCAAGUAGAUAAUAGAAAAAUUUUUAUGACUAUAUCAACAAUUAAAGAUUAUAUUUCUUGA